UCUUGAUUUAUGAUCAUCAAACUCCUACCUCUAUUAUCUACUAACAACAGGAUAAACGAAAUCCAGAGAGGAUCCAGGUUAAGUUUGGAUCAAUCCUGCAAUCGAUAUGCAGACAAUACGUAGCUUCUUGCCAUCGAUGCAAGAAAGAGGCCAUGGACAUAUUGUCACGAUUGGUUCCUGUUUGGGAUUGAUGGGAAUCAACCAAACCAGUGCCUAUGCAAGUUCCAAACAUGCACUGACCGCUUUCUCAGAAUCUCUGUCCUACAUUGCUGAAAGUUCUGGAUAUACCGGUGUGAAGACAACAAUGGUGUACCCUUUCCAAAUUGACAACGAAAUGUUUGCUGGUUGCAUCAGCAG